CACAUUAUCAUGUACCAUUUGUGUGUGCAUGAGUUGAGUUACUGGAAGAAAAAGCUGGUGAGAAGUUGCAUUUCAUGGCCAGUCUGGGAAGGAUAUUAUAGUUUGGAGAAAGAACAAACAGAAGGAAAUGUUGGUGAUUGUGUAGCAUUUGUUGAGGAGAAGCUUGCGGCAAGCGGGUCCUCCAACAAUAUCCUUUUCCGAGGAGAGAGUUUUGGAUGAGGCUACCAGCUUUGGAUAAGUGUGGUCCAGAAAUUAUAUUUUCAGCUUGCAGAUAAUAGAUCACUUUUCUUGAUCACUAAGUUGUCACAAGAUGUUGGAAGAUGGCAGACACUGCUGAAUACAGUCAGUCGUAGAGGAUCUAUAUCAUAGGCAGGCAGAGUGUGACUUGAAAGCGACAGUGAGUGGUCAAUUCUGAAAGCAGGGAGAAACACAGAAUUCUCAAGUAACAAAACAUUUGAGGUUCUGCCAUUUUCUUAUCAAAAUUAAGUACAAGGAAUGAAUAUUCAUAGAUUUAGCCACAGCACGUUCGAUGAUAUUAAGUUAGCAUACCGUCUGAUGUAUCGACACCAUAUUGGCCAAUAUGAUAUGAGCUCACCUCACCGUAUGAAAGUUCUUUUUCCGUAGGAUCUCAUCAACACUGUUUCCGAUUCCGAAUCCAAGGCGCAAGUUUUACGUGGCAACGGAAACUACAUGUCCGAUUCCAUUUUAACUCCCGACACAAUCCGAUUCCGUUCGGAUUCUGAGACCGGCAUGGGUAUAAAUAAAGCUGCUCCCGUUGGGACGGGGGAAGUGCGAGAAGGCGGCGACGAUGGAGGGUCAUCUUUGUGCUGACACUGCUGCUUGGUGUCUCUAUGCUAAGCUAAAGGCGUGGAGGCCGGCGUCGGAAUCGUGUAGGCUAUUGGCUCCGGUGGUGAUCAAGCUCCACUACACCGUGUUGCACUUUCAUGGAGGUCGAGUGAUGCAGGAACCGCCGUGCCCCUACCACUGCUACGUGUUCACUCUCGGCGAGUUCCUCCACCAUGAAUCUCGCAGCCUGGCGAUCUCGUUCCUUCUCUUUCACGGAGGCGCCUACGGCCGUGAUUUCCAUGCCGCUAGGCAGUUGGAGGAAGAACUCUUCACCUUCUGCAAUGGCCCAGUUGAGUCGGCUCUCAACGUGGGCAGAGGGAUCGAGAUCACCGUCGGCAUCCGCUUCGACCGGCACUGGCACUGGAUCGGAUUGGAGCCUUCUUUCGUCGUCGGCGAGGGUUUCGGCGGUGUGCCGGCGUCGUCGGAUGCAGCGAAGGAGCUGGUGGUGGUGAAGUACGAGCGUGGUGGAGAUGUCCGAGAGGAGAGUUGCAGGAUCUGCUUGGAAGAGUUCGACGAGGGCGCCGAGGUGACGCAGAUGCCAUGCACGCACGCCUUCCAUGGCGGCUGUCUCGCUCGAUGGUUGGAGAGCAGCCACAUCUGCCCUCUCUGCAGACACGCCAUAGCCGAUUCCGCUGGUCCCUGAAGCACUUCUCCUCUUCAUCGAUCGGUCUUCGUCCCAAGAUUCACGGACAACCUCUUGCUGUAUGAUAGUU